UCACUGCACGUUGGUUGUUGAUACUAUGGCAGUGAAAAUACAUGUGCGGUGUAUUUAGCAUUUUUCCAUGUGGUUCUGAAUAUUACAAGCUUUAGAUAAAAGCGCCUGUAGAACAACGCUGCCAACAUGGGCAAAAAGAGCAAAAAUGAAAAAAAAGUAAAGGGGGCAGUGAAGACCGCUUCGAAAAUGGAAAAGAAGGUUACCAAGAGAUCAAAACGAGAGGAGGAGGACCUGGAAGCGCUCAUAGCUGAGUUUCAGACCCUGGAUGCCAAGAAGACCCAGGUGGUAGAGACGUCCUGCCCACCACCCUCUCCCAGAUUGAACUCCUCUCUCUCUGCUCACCCUGACAAGGACGAACUCAUUCUGUUUGGAGGAGAGUUCUUCAAUGGGAAGAAGACAUAUCUGUAUAAUGACCUCUUCUUCUACAACAUCAAGAAGAACACCUGGGUGAAGUCAGACAUCCCCAACCCCCCGCCUCGACGCUGCGCCCACCAGGCGGUGGUGGUCCCUCAGGGAGGGGGGCAGCUGUGGGUGUUCGGGGGGGAGUUUGCCUCUCCGGACGGGGAGCAGUUCUACCACUAUAAAGACCUUUGGGUGCUGCACCUGGCCACACACACCUGGGAGCUCAUCAAGGCUCCAGGAGCUCCGACAGGGAGGAGUGGUCACAGGAUGGUCCUCAGUAAGAGACAGCUGCUGGUCUUUGGAGGAUUCCACGAGAGUGCCAGGGACUUCAUCUACUACAACGAUGUCUACUCCUUCAGCCUGGACUCCUUCACCUGGUCCCGCCUCGCACCCUCAGGCUCCGCCCCCUCCCCGCGCUCUGCCUGCCAGAUGACCUCCACCCCCGACGGCUCCGGCGUCAUCAUCUACGGGGGAUACUCUAAAGUGAGGGCUAAGAAGGACGUCGACAAGGGCACCAUCCACUCUGACAUGUUUCUGCUGAAAAGAGAGGGCAAGGAGGACCAAGAGAAGUGGUCUUGGUCCAGGGUAAGCCCCUCUGGCUCCAAGCCACCCCCCAGGUCAGGAUUCUCCCUGGCGGUGGGUCUGGGAGGGCGGGCAGUACUGUUUGGGGGCGUGUGUGACGAGGAGGAGGAGGAGACGCUGGAAGGUGACUUCUAUAACGACCUCUACCUGUACGACAUCAACAAGAACCGCUGGUUCCCUGCUCAGCUCAAGGGAGGGAAGUCAGAGAAGAAGAAACGGCGUCGGGGGAAGAAAGGCGGGGCUGAGGGGACGGGGCCAGACGAGGGAGCGGGGCCAGACGAGGGCGAGGGAUCUUCAGCUCAAGGGCCGGUGGAGGUCGUCAAGGAGAUCGUCACGGAGGACGGGACGGUGAUGACCAUCAAAGAGGUGAUCCCUGGGACACGGAUGGAGGAAGCGAGCGAAGAAGAAGAGGAGGAUGAUGAUGAUGAUGAUGAUGAGGAAGGUGCAACAGCAGCGUUGGUGGAGCCGUGCUCCCGGUCCAGUGCCAUGGCAACAGUGAAGUAUGGGAAGCUGUACCUGUACGGGGGGAUGUUUGAGGUGGGAGAUCGACAGUUCACCCUGAACGACCUCUACUGUCUGGACAUGCACAAGAUGGAGCAGUGGGAGGUUCUCGUCAACAUGGACCCCAAGACUCAGGAGUGGCUGGAUGAGUCUGGGUCGGAGGAGGAAGACGAGGAGGAAGAGGAGGAUGAAGAUGAGGAAGAUGAGGAGGACCACCCCCCUGUGCAGCCGCCGGAAUCUCUGUCAGAGUACCAGACCCGGACAGAGCAAUAUUGGUUGGAUCUGGCCUGGACCAACAUGGGCCCAGAGGCCAAAGACAACAAGGUCCACAAGGUGGCCCUCGCCAUGGCAAAAGUAUUCUAUGAGGACCAGCAAUGACAAUGUAUAUGUGUGUGUGUGUGCAUGUAUGGGAUUAUGAGUGUGUGUCUUUUUGUGCAAGUGUAUGAAUACAGCAGUAUACAUACAGUGAUGUAUAUGAAAGUUAAACAGUUUAGUAUUCAUUAGUCUGUUUCCCCUCAGCCUUAUCCAUAUCCUCUUCCUCUGUGUGUUGGUUUAAAACCCCAGUCACUCAGGGUAAUUUCAGCACUACUGAUGUUUAUGGGAUUGUUUGUAGUUUCAUAACUUCAGAGAAAAUUUAAAGAGCCUGUCAUUAUUCUUUCCCUUUUGGAUGACUCCCCAAUGUUUUACAACUAUAUUUUGCAAGCAUGGUUUCUCAUUAAACAUCUUUAAACACCUGA